UCUCAACCCCUAAAAUAAAAAUAAAAAAAAAGUUGAGAUUUUUCGCACAAUUUUCUCGUCCUUUCCAUCAUUUUCUCUCUUGACUCGGUCGACGAAAUUCACCAACCUGUUCUCUCUCUCUCUCUUUCUCCAUCUUUCUCUCUUCUUUGAAUCCCAAGUGAGAAUUGUUUGAUUCCCAAUUCGAAAGUCUGAAGAUUUCCCUCAAAAAAGGAGAUCUUGUUUAGUUUCACGGCGAGGGUUCGGUUUGGUUUUCCCGUUGAUCGCGUUGUUGUUCUUCUUCGUGGGUGAGGAAAUAACAGAGGUGUCUUUGAUUCAAUUUCUUCAAUUCAAUCCCACAGAUUCAAAAUUCAUAUCUUUCUUUCUUCUUCUUGAUAAUGUUUAGGAUUAGGUUUCGAAAUUUCUGAAAACCCUAGUUUUGUUUUGAGGAAGAAGAAGAGUAAACAGAAAACAAAAAAAAAAGGGAAAAAAUCAGUUUUAUUCAAUUCAUUCUUUUUGUGUUACCCAAUUUGGUUGUUAAUACGUCUCAAUUUCGAAUUUCUUUUCUCUAGGUUUUUUAGGGUUCCAAGGAAGCUCUGAAAAUUUCUGGUGCCUAGUAUUUUUUUGUUGCCAUCUGAAAUCAAGAGUUUCCUUUUUUUCUGUCCAUAGAUCUAUCGCCUUUCGAUAACCCAAAAAAAAUAACCUUUAGUUUUUUUCGGAUCUGAUCUAUCUUCUUAGGGGGGUUUUGAGUUUUUUUUCAGGGAUUGUGUACAAAAGAGGGAUUUUUUUUAGGUUUAAAGUGUAUAUAGAGAUUUAAUAGAAAUGGCUUUAAAUUUUUCACAUAGACCCUUUGCUUCUCAUCUAUCUGAGGAACCAAUGAAGAUAGCCAAUGGGAAUUGGUGUUCAAGUUUUGAUAAUGGAAGGAAGAGUAAUGGAGAUUCUUCUUCUGUUGACAUACUUGAUGUUUUGCCAUCUGAUCCGUUUGGUAUGGAUAUCAACAAUACUUUCACGGCCAUUACUGGAUGGCUUGAGGAUUUGGAUUAUAAUAACCAAUAUGGAAGAAGAAGUGAUGACAUUUGGAUUGGUGAUGGAAACCAUCAGCAGCUCUUUGCUGGAUUGAGUUUCAUUUGGAACAAUGCAAUGCAGUUUCAGAGUAGUGGGUACAGUAAUGGAUCGGAGUCGUUGUAUGGGUUUGGUGGGGCAUUUGAUGGGUCUUUGUUUUCCGCAUGUAAAUUCCCGGAGAGUAGUGAGGACAAUAAUGUGUUUGGAGGAGCAUUUGAUGGUGAUGGAUCUUGUCACGGUGCUUUCAUAUCUGCUAGUAGUGUUGAUGAGGUAUUGAGCCUCGAGGAUGCGAGGAAUGGUGGAGUUGUAGGAAGUAGUGAUCGCUGCAGUAAUGGAGGAGAGGAUUCAAAUAUUCAUCCAGCGUUUGGUUUUUGUCUUUAUCACUUGGGAGUGAAGGAUCUUCUUUCAGUUAGUAUGGUUUGCAAGUCUCUGCAUACUACUGUUUGUAAUGACUCGUUAUUGUGGAAGCAUAUCCACAUUUGUCAACCGUUGAAUGAGAAGAUUACGGAAGAGGCUCUGCUGCAUUUAACUGAGAGGGCUCAGGGUACUAUGCAGUGUUUGAGGCUCGUAGAUUGCUGUAGAAUUACUGAUGAUUGUCUUAAGCGGGUGUUGGAGCGCAACCCACAAGUAGUCAAGCUUGGUGUGCCUGGAUGCACAAGGAUCACUAUUGAUGGUAUUUUGAGCAUCUUGAGGGAUCUGAAGUAUGCGGGAAAGCUUCAAGUGAAGCAUUUAGAAAUUGGUGGCCUCUUUGGAGUUACUAAAGAUCAUUACGAUGAAUUGUUUGACUUGUUGAACAUAGACAAUAAAGUCGAGCAGACUAUUCAGAAGCCGCGUUUUUACCAUAGAGGAGAUGCAUGUGUGUCCUGUGAUGAUGACCGGGCGCUAGAUAUUGAGAUGUGCCCAAAGUGUCAAAAUUCUAGGCUUGUGUAUGACUGUCCAGCAGAAGAUUGUAAAGGGAAAAAGAAAGGUUCUGAGGAAUGCCGUGCUUGUUCUCUUUGCAUACAGAGGUGUUAUCACUGUGGUCGGUGCAUCAAUGACAGCGAAUACGAAGAAACGUUUUGUCUAGAGUUUUUGUGUGCUGUUUGUUCGAAGCCGGCCCCUAAGUUAACUCUCUAGGUAUAAAAUUCCAUCUGAGCCUUUCUUUUCUAUAUGAUUGAAUGGUUCAGUCUCCAUGGUUAGGCUUUAGUUUGUGGGAACUAUAUCUUCCCGUGGGUGUAGUUGUCAUAUGUAUACAUAUUAGUAUUACUUAUUUGGUUUGACAAAGAAAAGACAAAAAAAAAAAAAGAAGAAUAAGGAAUAGAAAUAUCCAAGAAAGAAGCAGGGUAGUUUGGUGGGGGAGGACUAGUAAUGGUACUGUUGAAGCUGUUUGAGAAACAGAUGAUGUUGUGAAUUGUGCAAAAGGAAAACCCAAGAAAGAGGCUGAGUAGUAUGUUUGACAGCAAGUGAUGGGAUUUGUCGGCUGUUUUAGUGGUUUGAGUUUGGAUUCAGAGACUACGUAUAGUAAGAAGAGUUUGGGCAUUGGUGGUACACUGCUGAAGCCAUCAGGGUUGCAUAUAGGUUGAGAAGCAGAUGAUCAUUUGAUCGAAAAGAUGAAGAAAUUUGUUGGCCUCCUUUCUUGACCGAGAUCAUAAACUCAAUGUCAAUGAAGGAUGAUGAAGGAUAGGUCUGUUUAUUGAGUGUGGUAAAUGGAAUUUGGAUUCGGAGACUACACAAGAAGUGUUUGUAUUUGAUGAUGGUAUACACUUGUGAAGCCACUAAAGGAUACCAUCAUUUAGGACAAGAAACUAGAUAAUCAUUUGGUUGUCUAGUUUCUUACUCGAGAUCAUAAACUCCAUUUCGGUGAAGGUUGGUGAUAUACCUUUGCUCAAUGGAGAUGAUCUUCAACUAUCUCUAGAAACUUUUUAAAAAUAAUAAAAACUUGCUCCAUUUCCAUCUUUGUUGGACACAUUGUUAUUGUUAUAAUUAUCAUGAAGAUUACUCUUUGGAUUUAAAGUUUGUAACCUUGGAUUGUUCUUGAUCCAUGUUGUCUGU